CCACAAUAUGUCAACUUUUCCAUGGAAGAUGACACCACGACAGGGCAGAGAGUUUCGACAGUAGAGGGAAAUCGAACUCGUUUUGGUACAGUAUCUUCCCGCAUAAGCACUUAGACAAGUUUCUCAAGUAUGAAAUGAAAAUACAAGGCAACUUCAGCCUUGCUGUGUGCAGGUAAGAAUCGUAAUCGGACAAACAGGUGCAGUGCAACUGUUACACUAUAACCCUCUACAGCUCGCGCUGUCGUGGAUGGUAGCAUUCAUUGCUCCUCAUUUUCGUGAUCGCUAUACAUACGCGCUAUUCCCGCGCAUCGUUGAUAUUACCCUAUGGAGGCGCUAAAAGCGGGAGUAGCAGUACUAAACGAAGCAGCCAAUAAUUUUGGAAAGACGCACAACUUUCAACAAAAAAAACUGUGAAAAACAUCAUUAGAAACUAUUUACUCACUCACAACUCUCUCUCGUCGGCAGCGUCCGUCGUGAUUUGAAACGAAAAACUUUUUUUUGUAAAAAAGUUUUUCCAAAAACAUCUGCAAAGAUGGCUCCGCGGGGUAAGCACAACCUGAAGCGUCAGGAACAAGACAUCUUCCAAAACGCCCAGCAGGUCGAGGCGAAGCGACGGUACAUUUCGAGGUUUUUGUCGUACCGCAGAAAUUCUCGGUAGUCCAGUUUUUUGUCAAAAAAAUGCAAAAACGUAGACAACCACAGAGGCGAAGAUCGUGCUGUUCUUCUUGGUUCUCGAAUUCGUCAGAGACCACCUCCUUGUGGCGAGAACAAACAGAAUGAAAUCGAUUUGUACUCCAAGUACUUAGAUGUUAAUUGCAAAUAAUAUACAACAGCUAUGAAACCCUGGUGAAAGAAGAACGGGAGUCCCUGGACGCUCGUUUGGCGGAUAUCAAAUGUAAAAGUGUCUGGGUCUGGAAGAAUGCAACAUGUAAUGCGUAUUUCAGAACACAGAAAAGUCUCUCAUGCAUACGUAGCAAAAGCUCCCACUUUUUGUCAGCAAAAUAGGGGACUUGUCAUGAGGAUUCGGCAUUGCGGAAGGCUCUCGAAACCUGUGAUGCUAGAGCUUCCAUGCCAGACCUUCUGUGUCAUGCAAAAACAGCAUGACUCUUCCAGACCCAGACAUUUUUGCAAUCCAUAGCGGAGCGGGAGCGACAAAUCACGCAAAGCAUGGAGGAGUAUCAACUGCAAAAAUGUCUGGGUCUGGAAGAGUGCCAGACUUGUCAUGCAGGUCUUCCAUGAUCGAUGAGGUCUGGCAUGUAGGACAUAGCAUGACAGAUUCUACUGCGAGCGUUCUAUCAUGCCUAUCCUGCGUGAGAAACUGCCUCUCGAUUAGGUCAAAAGUGGGCAGCUUUUGGCAAUCAUGCAACACAGAUUUUUACAUUUACAUGAUUCAGAUUUAGCACGAGAAGUUGCUUUGUUCCAGACCCAGACAUUUUUACAUUUGAUAAGGAGGCGCUGGCACGGGAGAGAGUGGUGUUGGAGGAGGAGAAGCAAAAAGCGUUGCAGCAGCACGAAGAGGACUGGAGGAGGAACUAUCCAAGACAAUAAAGACCGUCUUGGUCGUCGUGUAUAGCUUGUAUUGCAUACUACUUUCUUCCCUUCGAAAUAUGCAUGAAAGUAGGCAGGAGAGAGAGCAAUUAUCACGUGUCACGCUCAAUGAGCUCCCCGCACAUAGGGUACUAUCCUCAGGCGUGUCGCAUUUUUCACUGAUACUAGCCGCACAUGGUGAGUUUUUCAUUUCCGGCGCACUAAUAGGGCCGCGAGAAGUUUCUUUUUCUAAGAAUAUGAUAAGUCAAAAGAUAUGUAUACAUUUACAUCACGAGCACGGUCGUGUUUGUUUUCUUGGAUAGCGGAGAGCAGGAGUUCAUACAAAAAAUGGAGAAGGAGAAACUCGAAUUCUCGGAGAAACGCGAAAAACUCUGCCAGAUAACGGAGAAGGAGAAGUCCGACAUGGAGAAGCGGGUGCACAUCUACAAAAAAGUCGAGCAGGGGAGACUCAAGCAGCACGAGAAGGUAGGACAACUCUUCAUCUGUUGAUCAUGAUUCCGCGGACAAUUUAUUAGCUCCAUUUUCAUUUUUCAAGAGCUUGCUACUUUCUUUGUGAUGCACAAUCGAAGUAAAACUAGACCUUCUGAGAGAAAAGGCACAGUAGUGGCUACUGUGCCUUUUCUCACGGACUAAGUCCGCUGGUGCUUCAAACAAAAUUUGAAUCACAUGUCAAACAUUUAAACCGAAAAACAGGAACUCGCAGAAGUGCGGCGGCAAGAGGAGCAGAAGAUAAAAGAAAUGAUGAAGGAGCAACGCGACCAGCUGAAAAUACGCCCGAUGAAUAAGUUUGUCGAGUCAACUGAUUGAAAAAGUGAUUUUGUACUUCAGUGUUGUGGACUUGAUUUCGUCCCAAAGAAAGGAGCUGCGAAUCGCAUUUGUCUUUAUUGGAUUCUGAUAAGUUGAGCAACGCUACUGCCAUGCCUGCUGAGAUGAAAGCGUUCUUCAUCCCGCCUGGGUAUCUAAUCAGGAGCUUCUUCAAGUUUGUUUCUCUUUGAUACCGCAAGGAAACCCACGUGAAGCUCGCACUGGAACGCAAGAAAUUUGAGGACAAGCUCUCGCUCAAGGAGAAGCAAUUGCUGAAACGCAAGGUACUUGCACAUUUAGAAUCAGGUCGCGUUUGUGCGAUACUCUGGUGGCACCAUCGACAACGAAAAUUCGUAUUUUCGUCGACAUUUCAAACUUUUUAUACGAAAAACUGAUGAAAAAAUAAAAUACACGAGGGUAUGCUAGUUGUGAUAUGUUGAUGGAAAUGGGAAUCAUGAGGCUAUGAUACGCAAGAUAUUGCGACGAGGCGUGCAAUUUUUGUAGCCCCCAUGCACGAUUGCAUUUUUCACAUGAAUGUCCAGAAUGACAUGCAGUUUGCUACUGAAAGCUUUGCAAUUGCUGAAAUUCUAGCAAGUAGUUUUUUUUGAUUCUCUUUGCACUUUACCUCUUCGCAAACUUCGCAUUCAGGAACAAGAACUGGAGCAGCUGCGCAAGGAGCAGGAAGAGGAGGUGCAGUACAUCAAAAAGAAAACGGAGCAUAUCACUUGGAAAAUCCCGAAUACUAGCGCAAGUGAUAUUUUGUAUGUAAUAAAAGACAACAACCAAGAAGCGGAACGAAAUCAAAAAGAGUUUGUUUUGCACGAUAGGCCCCUUAGUGAAACAUCAGCGCACAUGAUCCUAUGCGCGAGCGGAAAUCAUUGCACGCGACGGACAUUUUUCUCUUGCUAUGUCUCUCUUCUUGCAUGUCGAAAUUUCCUACAAGAACUUCUACUAUUGAUUGUCCCAUGCUAGUAAAAGGAGUUUUCUUCCCCCCGAUAGAGGAGCGCAAAUGCCAGAUGAAACAGCAAAUCCGCGACCAGUUGCAGGAAGAAUUCGAAUUCGAAAAGGAGCGCUUGGCCAAGCAGUACGAAGCGGAAAUGUGCGAUCCAAGGUACUUGCCGUAUCCGAUACUUGCUUCCGGACGAAUGUGAAGACAUGAAAGUCAUUUUUGCGAAGAAUGUUUUUUGUGGGCAUGAUCUUCACUGGAGUUUUGAGAAGUUUUGACGCAUGGUAUGAUAGAUCAACAUGCAGGACGCUUCUUUGUAGUUUGUCUUUGUACUAGUGACACCAAAAAAUUAUCAUCAACAAAACAGCUGGGUGCUUGUGGACAGCGUGGCGGGUGUGCUGGUGGAGUAA